AUGGCAAAUAAGAAGACAUCAUCUACCCGCGGACGAAGAAAAGGAAAGAGGACUCCAUCAUCAGCCGUUGCCAAAGCUGACGAACAACGUGUUUGUGCACCUGCAGAUGUACUUAUUCCUGAGACAUCUUUAAAUAAUGCGCGACAUGUUCCUGAGCUCUCAAAGUCCCCAACACAACCUUCCCAAAACUCCCAUAAUUCAUCGGCUUUAUCAUCUGAAACCAAUGAUGACUUCACCUCCUUCCGGCGGGCUGAUAGCAAGGAGAAAAAUAAGCAGAAGAGGGCGAAGAAAAACCCCUACAACCUCAGCGCCACAGAAGAGGAGCUGAUGCUGGAGUUUAUCAUGGACAAUCCUGUGCUGUGGAAUGUGAAGAUGACAGAUUAUAGGCGGAAAGACAAGAAAGAGAAGAUCUGGGAAGAGCAAGCACAUCAGAUGAACAAGACUGUUGACAUCCUCAAGGGCUGGUUCAGAUCGUUGCGCGACACCCAUACGCGCCUUGACAAGAAGAAAAGCGGGGAUAUUGUGCUCCAAACCUGA